AUCUUUUCCCCUCCUCUCAUCUCCUCCACGAUCCCACCAACCACCCCACAAAGAACAUCAUGGGUCUCGACGAUAUUCCUGUGGCGCAAGCCGUGACCGUGAGCUUGCAAGAGCUGAUCGACGGAACAAUCUCCCCCUCCACCCUAACCGAAGCCUUCGGCCCCUCCUCCCUCGGAAUCAUCCUCGUCAAGGAUCUCCCUCCUACCUUUCCUUCUCUCCGCGCCCAAGUCCUCUCCAACGCAUCGUACCUCGCCUCUCUUCCUGACGCAGAACUCGAAUCUUUAACCUCCCCCGCCUCAAAAUACCUCAUCGGCUGGUCCCUCGGCAAAGAAACCCUCCGGGACGGCCACUUCGACACCCACAAAGGCUCGUACUAUCUGAACUGCGCCUUUUACAAUAACAACACCUCCACCACCCAUACCUCCUCCUCCGACGCUCUACUCAACGACACCUUCCCCGAAUACACCACCCCCAACAUCUGGCCCAGCGAAUCCUCCCUCCCCACAUUCAAAUCCAGUUUCGAGGAUCUCUGCACAGUGAUUAUCGAUACCGCGGCGUUAGUAGCCCGCGCUUGUGAUCGCUUCGCGGUGGAACAUGUAGAUGGGUAUGAGCGGGGUUAUUUGGAAAGAGUGGUGAGGGGGAGUGUUACGACGAAGGCGAGGUUGUUGCAUUAUUUUCCUACCUCUACCACCACCACCACCUCCUCCUCCACCUCCACUUCUUCUCCCUCCGAGGGGACAGAACCCAACGAGGGAACGAAAGAGGAAGAAGAAGGCGAAGAUGACGACGACGACGACUGGUGCGCCACGCACCUCGACCACGGCUGCCUAACAGGCCUCACGUCCGCAAUGUACAUCGACGAAGCCGCGCACCCGCCCCACAGUACCACCAACAGAACCAUCCCCCUCCCCGAGCUACACACCAGCCCCGAUCCCAAAGCCGGAUUAUACAUCCGGUCGCGAACGGGCACCAUCGUCAAGGUGAAUAUUCCGAAGGAUUGUUUGGCGUUUCAGACGGGGGAGGCGUUGCAGCUUAUCACGAGGGGGCAGUUUCGAGCGGUGCCGCAUUUUGUGAAGGGGGCGAAGGGGGUUGGGAGGAUUGCGAGGAAUACGUUGGCGGUUUUUACCCAGCCGAAUUUGGGGGAGGAGGUGCAGAAGGGGGUUACUUUUGGGGAUUUUGCGAGGGGGGUGGUGGAGAGGACUUAUUGAUUUGAUGUAUGGUGUACUCUGGUUUGUGGUAUAGGGAGAGGUGGGUUUUGUGUAUAGGAGGAAUAUGGCUUUGCAAUGUGGGUAUUUGAAUAAUACAUGGAUUACGGCAGGCUCAACUAUCCCGUCGGGCCCGUUUGCUUUG